CCGGUAGUUGGUAAAAUUAGUUGGGCCAGAGUUCUCAGUAAAAAGUUGGAAAAUCCUAUACAUCACUUUAUGGCCUACUCGAAUGUUAUGAAUGAGAAAAUGGCGCAUAAAAUUGUUUACAAUUACAAUAUUAUGCAACAAGUUUUGGUUGAAUUUGAACUGGUAUAUCACGACGCUUGGGUUAAAUCAAUUGAAUCUUUACAUAACGCUCUUCAAGUUUCUCCAUUAGCUAAAGAUGAAGAUUCUGAAAAAAUGCACAUUAACUUAGAUCCAGUCGUGUUGCAAGUGUUUGAAGAGGCCAACAGUAUGAUCAAAUUAAAUCUUCCCGUACCUUACAAAGCCAAAUUACUUUUGUUUUCUGAACAUGAAGUUAAAAGACAUAAAUAUUUAUUACAAGUAAUUUUGAAUCGAAGUAAAUCAAUAAGAAAAAAACCUCCAGAAGCUUUUAAUGAUCUCUUUGUUACUAGUUUCAACAGAGUUACAUAUACCUUAGGCUACGGAGUUCGCUCAUUAACAUGGACUUCAGCGGGGUUGUCGGGUUAUUGCAAAUGGAUGAUAAAUGAGUUGGAUGAUUUAGAGCUUUUCAUUGAUAAAAUUGUCAUUCUUAAAGAGAGACGUAUUGACAAUGUUCUUGACAACAUAGCUACAAGUUUAUUAUUUGAUAUCGAUAUUGUUCAGGCAAAUAGUUACUUUUUAAAAAUGUUUUAG